AUGUCUGAGAAAAGAUUUGAUGACGACGACUACUCAAUUGUUUCGGCAACUCAUCAUUUGAGAAAAGGGAUGCCUACUGUCGAAGAAGUACUUAGAGCUCAAGGAAGACGACUUACGAAUGAAGAACUAAAUUAUAUGCUCUCGAUAAACGCUAUUCCGUCGAUAAUAACUCAGGAUAUGACUCCUGUUCUCCACAAAAUAACACGCGGUAAUGAAGACUUUUACGUUCUUAUGGUCGAUGAACCCCCUUGCAGUUGUCGAAGAAUGGGAGGGAAGAAAGAAAAAUGCGACAAGCAUAAAAACCAGAAAAAGGAACCGAAAAAAGACAGUGGCUCAACGAACAGAAGUACGAUACCCGAUAUUAACUGCGUCCCUCAAGGAGCUGAGAAUUUUGCAAUUCCUAAGAGAGACAAUCUCUCUUGUAAAGAAAACAAGAUAGAGAACCUCCCUAUCAUAGAAACAAAAAUUGACAAUCUCGCUAUCAAAGAGAAUAGAAAAGAGAAUCUCUCUAGUGUCUAUGUUGCUGGUGGUGGUCAGAAUACACAGAAACAUAUGCAACAGAACCGAUUUGAUGAAAAUCAGAGCACUCCGAAGAGGGAUAAUCUGUCGAGUGUUUAUGUUGCUGCUGGUGGUCAGAAUACACCAAGACCGCCUUUCAAAAAGCAACCUGACGAUAAGAACUCUGAGAAGAAAAGUUCCAAUAUCAACAGUAUUUAUAUGAAAAAUAAUUUCUAA